AUGACCUCAGACACAAGCGGGGCGGGCAGCGCUAGGUGUACAGAAAAGGCAGGCUCGGCGCAAGGCCUGAGCACUCCCUCCCCUGCACACAAGGUCCUGAGAAAACGCAGCCGUGCCCAGAAGCUACCGGAGCCACGUGUCAUAUCCAGGCGCAGGGCUUGGGCGGCGUGGACAGGCUUAGGCAGCUUCCAGGAAAGUGGAGCAGAGAGCAGUCCUCCAGACGAGGCCUUGUUGUUCCCCGAGAAGCAAAGGAACCAGGCCCUACCCACGGUUCUCCCCCAAAUUUUCCGUAUUAAAACAUUUUUUAAAUCGGUACAAACAAAACCAAAUUGA